UCAACGGGGCAUUGUAGUCUACUCUUCCGCUUGGAUUACUUACCACAAUUACUACAAUGGAUUGAUUACAAGAAUUAGGUUCUCUGCUCUACUACAGAUGAUGUAAGCUGCAAAUUAGCCUCCUUGGAGAUUGUCUAUUGUCGCUGCUGUUCACUCGCAUCAUCUAACUGUCUGUUGUAAUGGGUGGUCGUGGCGUCCUUCUCACCUCAAAUCUCCCUCAGUUGCAAAACCUCAUCAAACGUGACCCAGUGUCGUAUAAGGAAGAGUUCCUACAGCAAUGGAACCACUAUGACAGUAUCAGACAGAUAUUUCAGAUAAAUCCUGAUGAACAGGCUCAGCAUUUUCGUGAACUAGUCUCAUUUAUAUCUCAAGUCGCACAAUGUUAUCCCAAGGAAACCAAAGAUUUUCCAUCUCAUUUGUCUACCCUUCUCCUCGAAAACUAUGGCACCCUCACGCCCGAUACCAGAAAAACCCUCGUUCAAAACCUUGUUAUGUUGCGCAACAAAGAUGUCAUUACAUCCAUCGAACUCCUCAAGUCCCUCUUUCCGCUCCUCCCUCGUACAACCUCCUCCACUUUGCGAGCCUUUAUCCGCAAAACUAUUCUCUCCGAUAUCCGUACUGCCAAUCUCCGAACCAAAAAUCACAAACUGAAUCGUGCUGUGCAAGCCAUGCUUUUCACCAUGGUCGAACGGGGAAUGGAUGCUGAAGUCGUUGGGGAUAAGGGAAAGCUCAGAUCCGCAGGUCCCACGAGUGAUAAAACCGCCAAUAAUGGGGAGGACGCUAUGUGGGCAGUGAUAUUGACAAAGGAGUUGUGGCGAAAGGGAAUAUGGACUGACGCUAAACCUGUGUCUAUCGUUGCGCUUGGAUGCUUUCAUCCCGUGAUGAAGGUACAGAGUGCUUCGAUUCACUUCUUUUUAGGAAGUGACGACGAAAAGGAAGACAGUGACGAUGAGGACGAUGAGGGUCCUGAUGUCAGAGCUCUUCACCAUCGUCGCGAAGUCAACAAAAAGAGACGGGGCGAUGAUAAAAAGCUUCAGAAACAGCUCAAUGCUGCAAAGAAGAAAAAGUAUAACAAAAAUGCCCCCACGACACCGAAUUUUCCGGCGCUCCAACUUCUCAAUGACCCACAGACGUUUGCUGAGAAGUUAUAUGACAACCUAAGUCGCUACGACAAACGUUUCUCACUUGAACAUAAAAUUCUCAUCAUGCAGCUCCUCUCGCGGGUGAUGGGCGCCCAUAAACUUUGCGUUCUAAGCUUCUAUACUUACAUUGUCAAAUACCUCACCUACCACCAACUUCGCGUCCCGUCGAUUCUCGUUGCGCUGGCGCAGUCUGUCCACGAUCUUACACCACCAGAUGCCUUGACCCCGGUCGUGCAGAAGCUUGCAGCCGAAUUUGUGCAUCCUGGAGUAGGAAGCGAGGUAAUUGCUGCAGGAAUCAAUUCCAUCAGGGAGGUUUGUAGAAGACAACCAUGGGCAAUGGAGGAAGAUCUGUUGGGUGAUCUUGUAGAGUAUAGGAGAAGUCGAGAUAAGGCAGUUACAGCUGCUGCAAGAGGAUUGUUGCAGUUGUACCGAGAGGUGAACCCUGGUAUGCUCAAACGCCGGGAGAGAGGAAAAGAUGCCAGUAUAGGUAUGAGCAAAGGUGGUCAACCACUGCCGUUUGGACAUAGUGCGGAUGCCGCAGUCGACAUCGAAGGAUUAAUGCUUCUGGAAGACCACCUGCAGAAACUUCGCGAAGAGGAGAUGGGCGGUGCCAAUAAUGACGGGGAGGACGAUGAAGCGACCGCUUGGGAAGGCUGGGAUGUCGAAACCGAUUCCGAUUCGGAAUCUGAGUCUGAAGGAUGGAUAGAUGUCGACUCAGAAGGUGAUAACGUGGAAGUUAGUGAUAGUGAAGACGAGCGGGAGUCAGCUCCUAAGCCGCCUGGGGAGACCGAUCCAAACCCCAAUCGAAUCUCAACCUUGGCAACUACUAAAAUCCUUACGCCGGCAGACUUUGCAUUACUGAAUGACCUGCGCAUACAGGCUGCCACAAAAGCCAUUGAAUCAGGUGGUGGUUCCAGGGCGAAACGGAAGCUGGAAGCCCUUGAAGCUAAUAAGAGGGCCAUGCAAACUGGGCCAUCUGAUGGCACAUUCAUUUCUGAGAACGAUAUCCUUGGUCCGCGCAAAAAGGCUAAAGCUGACUACGCGGAACGCAUAGCAAGUAUUGAAAAGGGUCGGGAAGGGCGAGAAAAGUACGGCUCGCUGAAGGGUAAGAAAAAUAAAGAGUCUCCAAGCAGCUCCACAAAUCGCGAGAAGGCAAGGAAUAAGCCGAUUAUGAUGAUAUUGAGCAGCGGUGCGGUACGGGGAAAGAAGAAGGCGUCCUUGAGGGAGAAGCAGCAGAAGUUGAGGGCACACAUUGAACGCGCAAAAAAAUCGUAUCACUAGUACAUAGUAUGAUGCUAGCCAGUGCUGUACAUGUCGCUAGUCUGAAUGCUGGACAAGCGAUGAUCCACUUUUCUAUAUCAUUCGGUCCAUCAUGCGAGACCAAGUACCGUCAGGACCACCUGACUUAGCAUCUCAGGGGAAUGCGCCGAUACUGAUCCUCUUCGCCAUUGCAUAACCAGCUGCGAAGUGAGAGAGCCUAGCAUCUACUACAAAGCCCUGGGUGUUGGGUGAGUGAAGGUCUGUACUUUUCCUGCUCAAUAAUGUCACCUCUUUGUCGUAUGCUUGAGAAUUUCAAGAUCAGGAACACGUUCCAUCGAAGAGCGAGACUCACCUUUGAGCACGGUAUCGAGUUGGUCUAGCUCUACGACGCGAGUGAUAAUAUGUUCCCCAUCAUCAAGACACGGGGUAGGAGUUUCGAGUUUAUCUUCUAGGAGGACACUUACAACCACGAGUUUCAUGUUGGAAUUAGUCAUUCCUG